GCAUUCACUCUCACUCUCUCUGAUUGUGUGAAACGUGUUUGCAUUGAGAGGACAGGCAUUGCAUUCAAAGCGCACAUGUUUUCCAUGUUUUAAAUCAUUUGCCAUUCAUUUCAUUAUUAGUGCUCUUUUUGGACGAAAGCAUUGCAUUUGAUUGUGAUUUCAUUGCCUAUAAAUCCAUUCAAUUAUCUCUUAAUUGUUUUAAUCGUUGUAUAAAUUGUUGACAAAAUGUUUUGGGGCGUAACUCUAGAGACCGGUAAACGGUAUUCACAACGAGUGGAGGAGUCAUAUCACCUGACAAUGGCUGCGUUGGAACCGCCAUCCGCUGACAAGACUGUCUCCAAACACGUGUCUAUAAUGGUUGAGCAUCAGAAGUCCGAUUACAUGAUCUGCACGUUAGAGCCGAACCGCAAUCUUCAGUGCCAUUUGGACCACAUGUUUGUCGAGGGAGAGGAAGUGACUUAUUAUCUGGUGGGCGACGGAACCGUUCAUUUGACCGGAUAUCUGGUCGGCGAUCCCUACGACGACUUUGACGAAGAGGGAGAUGAAGAGGACGAAGAAAGCAGUGACGAAGAGGUGUCCACUCCUCAGACCAAGAAUGGGAAGCGUAAGAAUGAAUUGCUCGACAGCUCUCCCGAAAGCGCCGACGACUCGGCGGAAGCGGUGGGCAAAGAGAAGCCAAAACAGCAACAAAAUCAGUCGAAACAACAAAAUCAAGCGAAUUCUCCGCAGAAACAGCCAAACAAUCAACAGAAACAGUUCGGAAGCGCCCAAAAGGGCGGCUUUCAGGGCAACCAACAGAAAGGCGGUCAACAACAGAAGGGACAGUGGAACCAAUCCGGA